AUGCCUGUCAUCACACUCACCAGCGUGGCCGACUUCCGAGAGAAAGUCCUCGAGUCGCCAGAACCGGCAAUCCUAGACUGCUUCGCCGUCUGGUGUGGCCCCUGCAAGGCGAUUGCGCCCAAGUAUCAUCAGUGGAGCGACCAAUACACCCAAGUCAAGUUCUACACCUUUGACGUCGACGCAGUGCCCGAUUUAUCUGCUGAGCUUGGAGUGCGCGCGAUGCCUACUUUUAUGCUGUUCAAGGAUGGACAGAAGGUCACUGAAGUGGUGGGGGCCUCUGUUCCUGCCAUUGAGCAGGGCAUCCAGGCUCUUCUUUGA